AUGUCUCAAUCUGAAGCACCAAAAGAUCUCCCUGAGAUGGAGUACCGCUUCAUGGGAAAGAGCGGGCUGCAGAUUUCUGCCAUCUCGCUUGGUGGUUGGCUUACAUAUGGAGGACAUGUUGGCGAUGACAACACAUUCGCCUGUCUCAAAGCAGCCUUUGAUGCUGGGAUUAACUUCUUCGACUGCGCUGAAGGAUACGCAAAGGGCGAGUCGGAGAAGGUCAUGGGCCGGGCCAUCAAGCACUUCAAUUGGAAUAGAAAUGAUAUUGUCGUCUCCACCAAGAUAUACUGGGGUACUCACAACUCAGCCCUUCCAUCACCACGCAACAAGAUCAACAACCUCGGAUUGUCGAGAAAGCAUCUCAUUGAAGCCACGGAAGCCUCACUCCAACGACUACAAUUAAGCUACGUGGACAUCCUGUACGCACAUCGUCCGGACCGCUACACGCCUAUCGAAGAGACAGUGCGUGCCUUCAACUACCUCAUCAACACCGGCAAAACCCUUUACUGGGGUACGUCCGAGUGGCUAGCAUCCGAAAUCGAAGAAGCGUGGGCUGUGGCUGACCGUCUUGGUCUCAUCGGUCCCAUUGUCGAACAGCCAGGCUACUCACUGCUUCGCCGAGAGAAGGUCGACCAAGAAUUCAAAGACGCGAACCUCUACACACGUCGCGGUCUCGGCCUCACCAUCUUCUCUCCACUCCAAGGCGGUCUUCUCACAGGAAAGUACGUAGACGGCGUCCCUGACGACUCACGCCUCCGCCAGUCCGACGACCCUUACAUUCAAUCCGUCAUCAAAACCGUUGGCAGCGAUUCGUGGAAUCAGCAACAAGACAAAAUUAAAAAGCUUAUGGAGAUCGCUAAGAAGCUUGACACUGACGUUGCUACACUGUCCAUGGCAUGGGUUCUGUCCAACAAGAAUGUCUCGAGUGCUAUUACUGGCGCGUCGAGGCCAGAACAGAUAUAUCAGACUGUCAAAGCGGUUGAUGUAUACAGGAAGUUGACUAAGGAGAACCUGGAUGAGAUUGAGCAGGUCAUGGGAAGUAAGCCUGCGGAGCUUACUAUGAGGUUCGGAUAG